AUGGCUGCAGAAGGCCCACCACCGCGUCUUUGCGUUCUCACAAAGGAUCGACAAAGUCAGGAGUACGGCUACAAUUUGCACGCCGAGAAGGGAAAAGGACAGUUUGUUGGAACGGUCGACGCGGGCAGUCUCGCCGAGAAGAGCGGACUGAGAACGGGUGAUCGAAUUGUGGCCGUGAAUGGAGCCAGUAUUUUGGAAGAGAAUCAUAAAAAGGUCGUUGAACGAAUCAAAUCCGAUCCACUUAAAUGUGCUUUAUUGGUGAUCGAUCCGAAAUCGGCUGAAUGGUACACGGACAGGGGUUAUCCAUUGCCCACCAAUCCACCGAGAUCGGACUCGAUCUCUCGUUCUCCUCCACCAGCCGCCACCUGGUACGCCCCGCAAUCAAAGGCAACCACUCAAUCGGACGGAAUGAAGCCGAGACCGCGUCUCUGUGAAUUGAAAAAAAUCGGCCCGAAUGACGAGUUUGGCUUCAACUUGCACGCUGAGAAGGGAAAAGGGCAUUUCAUCGGGACGGUCGACGUGGGAGGGAUUGGAGAUCGGGCCGGUCUCCACAUGGGACAGCGAAUCGUUGGAGUCAAUGGAGAGCUCGUCUACCCAAACACUCCGCAUAAGGAUGUGGUCGCAUUGAUCAAGCGCUCACCAAUGCACACUCAAUUGUUGGUGGCUGGAGAGGAUGUUGAUAAAUGGUACUCGGAGCACAAAGAGGAAUACUCAUUCUCGUUUGUUGAGGAAAGAGAAGAAAGAAGUCAUCCACCAUCACAAAGUCACCAUGAAACACUGACUCCACAUGUGGAAGAAGAUGCUGAGGUGGUGACAAGGAGAAUGACUCAAGAGGUCAUUGCUUCAGUCUAUGAGAUCACUCCUGAGAUCACUGGAGACAAUCAUGAAGAAGAAGAGGAUGAAGAGAAACACUCCGAGAUUUCCCACGAGAAACCCGAACCAUUGAGUGAUGAUCUUUUGGAUCACGUCUUCGCGAGUGUGCCGAUCACGACGACGGCUGUAAUGGCGAGUAAACCCGAUGAGGAACAACAAUUUGCAUUGAACCAAGCACAUCACGAUAUCUACAGCCCACAACCUGCUGGAAGUCCGGAAAGUCGACACUCGUCUGGAUAUGGACAUUCUGACUCUUCACUUAACCAGAAUGGACACUAUCAACCAUACGGAGGACAAAAUGUAGUCGGAAAUGGAGCAGCUCCCGCUAAUGAUAUCUAUCGUUUAUCGGCUAAGGAGGCUCGCGAGCGAUUGCGAAACAACAAACGAAACAAUCAACGCGGCGCCAUCGAUAUGUCAAUCGAGGAGAAACAUCGUCUCAUCAUGAAUAUG